GCUUCCAAUGCAAAUUAAGAUUACAUUAGUACUAUAUGAUUUAUGUAACCACUGUAAUUUUCCUUCUUAUUUUCCCUUCCAUUUUCCCGCAAAAACUGAUCGACGGUCCUAAACUCUCCCCCAAACCAAUUUUAGGUCAAGGCUACGUAAAAAAGACUCUCCAUCGGAGCUAACAUUUUCUCUUCCGAUCGAAUCAGGGUUCUUGGGCGUUCUCGUGUGGUUCGAAAUCGGAAGAAUUAUGUACCAAGUAUGGCGGAAGUCAGAUCCAUUUUAAGAGCUCUAUGGAUUACUUUUGCUUUAAUUUCGGUCCGACGUUUGAAGAUUGAUCUCAUUUGAACAAAACCUCUUAGUUGCUAUCAACUCCUUUAGGGCCAAUCCCCACAGAGCUUUGCAAGUAGGCGGUGGGAUUGGGCCCCGGGAUUAGUCGAGGUAGAAUGGGGCAAAAGAAAAACGGUAAUGGCCUUGCCUAAGAAGACGGAGGAAGCAUUGUUGAGUUGAAAUUUCUGAUGACAGUGCGGAAGAUACAACGGAGGUGUUCUGAUUUCAUAUCGGGGCAUUUCAAGGAUCUUUUAAAAGGUUGAUAUUGGAGGGGGGUUCAAGGCUGCCCACUAAUUCAUAGUCUUGGCCUCUCCAGCUUGCUCCUAUUCUGAUAAGUUUCGAACCAGGAAGGUCAUGCUAACUUGGGUCUUAUGAGAGUUUGAAACCUUGGUUGUGGUUAAGAAGAUAUUGUUAUUACCCAUGGCUGUGAGCUACUUAUCGAUCUCGGCAGUUUGCACACUGGUUAGCUUUGUCAGCCUCCAGUAUUGGACACAACUGUCACUUCAGAAGCUAACUUCAGAUGGGUUAAUUGGUGAGGAUUCUAUGGAACGUGGGAAUAUGCGCUAUACGUUACAGCUGCUGUUGGGUUCUCAAGCCACAAUUGCCUUGUUGGCUACUUUUUCAAUUAAUGUAUUUAUCCUGCUCAUUCUGGGGCUUAAGAGUAUAUUUUUUGUGGAGUUGCACUCAUCUGAAAUUCGAAAACUGGGGGAGAGACUUAUUAACUAUGUUAUUUAUAAGGGGGCAUUUCUUCCUUUGGUCAUCCCACCAACGAUAUUUCAAGCCGUCCUAUGGUCCACAUGGCUUACCAUCCUUUGUUCGUUAAAGAUGUUCCAAGCUUUGGCAAGAGAUCGACUUGAGCGCUUGAAUGCAUCUCCUUCUGCAACACCAUGGACAUAUCUUCGUGUAUAUUCUGUAUUAUUGUUCGUUAUAGCCAGCGACUUGCUCUGGAUAAACCUAUGCCUACUGAUAUCUCCAACAUUAGGAUCAUCUCUGUUUCUGUUGCUAUUCUUUGAGCCUCUCAGUAUUGCUUUUGAGACGUCACAGGCUGUCGUGAUACAUGGUUUCCAGUUGCUCGAUAUAUGGAUCCACCACACGUCAGGGAACGGUUCAAUUUGCGAGAGAUCCAAGCUCUUUGAUAUGUCAGCAGCAGGUUCAUUAUUGGAAUGGAAAGGAUUACUUAUCCGCAACUUGGGUUUUUUUCUGGACAUGAUGACGUUAUUGAUGGCACUUGGUCAUUAUGUGCAUAUUUGGUGGCUUCAUGGCAUGGCAUUUCAUCUUGUGGAUAUAGUUCUUUUCCUGAAUAUAAGGGCUUUGUUAAGUGCAAUUGUGAAACGCAUCAGAGGAUUUAUUAGGCUAAGGAUAGCUUUACGUGCCCUUCAUGGGGCACUUCCUGAUGCAACAUCUGAAGAGAUAAAAACAUAUGAUGACGAAUGCGCCAUCUGUAGGGAACCAAUGGCAAAGGCUAAGAGACUGUCUUGUAAUCAUCUUUUCCAUCUUGCGUGUUUGAGAUCGUGGUUGGAUCAAGGUUUAACUGAGAAUUAUUCAUGCCCCACUUGUCGAAAACCACUUCAUGCGGGGAGACCAGAAGAGGAAGCGAAUCCUCGCGCAGUAGAUGUAUCAACUGAUGAGCAACUUGCUCGUCAAAUAAGCACUGGACUUGAUCGGCAUAAUCCUCCUGGUCAUACCAUGCCCACAGGAGUGUUCCCCAAUCAGAUGCAGAAUCCUUUAGAAGGUGGUGCUUGGAGGGGUCCAGGACUGGAUUCGGGUUGGUUGAACACUUGGUCCGGCCAAGGUAUCGAUGGAGCCGGUCCUUCCACAGGUAUCAGGCCAGUUGGACUGGGGAGAGUCCAGAUGAUGAUGAGGCAUCUUGCAGCUGUAGGGGAAACCUAUGCCCAAACUGCCCUUGAGGAUUCUGCUUGGAGCCUUUGGCCUGUGAAUCCAUCUCAGGCUGGUACAUCUGCUCCACCCAUUCCUCCUGCUGGUACAGUGAGAUACCCUGGCAGUGCUGGCGGUUUGCAUAUUAGGACUGCUUCGCGGACUGCAAAUGAUAACUUAGCUAACAUCCUUGCCAUGGCUGAAACGGUGAGGGAGGUGCUUCCCCACAUGCCGGAUGAACUAAUUUUCCAGGAUUUGCAGCGUACAAAUUCAGUUACUGUGACUGUGAAUAAUCUGCUCCAAAUGUGAGUUCCGAUGACUUUUUCUUUUUCAUUAUGUGGUCUGAACUCCAAGUACCAGAAGAAGAGGCGGUUCCUAUGUUUUGAAGGUUUUGAAGAUAUGGCGUAUUCAUCUCUUGCAGUUGAACCUCCAUGCUGUCUUUUUUUUACCACUUGUUAUACUAUAUGUUAAAUAUCAACAUUCUUCUAUCUCUGUAUAUAAAGGCAACCGAGUAUGAAAAAGGGAUGUAUAAUUAUAGAAUGUUGUGCGAAUAAUAGAUUUGCCCAACAUGCAUUCAUGGCUAAGUUUUUUUUGGGUCUGAUUUUUGACACUUUUGCAAAAUGUUACUGUAUUCUUUUGGUCAAAUUGGUACAAAGAUGUGGUCUGUUCUUCAUCCGAUGAAUGUAUGGAUGAUACAAAUGAAAUCUUCUGUGGUGAUGUCGAGUAAUAAGGAUUCUAAAUAUUCAAAA